AGUUCAGGCUCAGUAAGGGGCUAGUUGCCUGCAUGAGUGCGAGCUUUGUGUGUGACUGUGGAUUGUAGUUCCCAAGGUUUACUUUGCCGUCAUUCAGGGGCUGGAUGGCGUGGGAGAUGUCCAACCAGGACUCUGUCUGGAGUGACAUAGAGUGCGCAGCCCUGGUUGGCGAAGACCAUCCACUUUGCCCAGACCUUCCGGAACUUGAUUUAUCUGAACUUGAUGUCAAUGAUUUGGACGCAGACAGCUUUCUGGGUGGACUUAAGUGGUAUAGUGACCAAUCUGAAAACAUUUCCAAUCAGUAUCGCAACGAAUCGCCAAAUAUAUUUGAGAAGAUAGAUGAAGAAAAUGAAGAGAAUUUGCUAGCAGUACUCACAGAGACAUUGGACAGCCUCCCUGUGGACGAGGAUGGAUUGCCUUCAUUUGAUGCACUGACAGAUGGAGACGUGACCAAUGAACAUGAUCCUAGCCUUUCAGCAAUGCCUGACGGUACCCCUCCAACUCAGGAGGCAGAAGAGCCGUCACUACUUAAGAAGCUCUUACUGGCUCCACCUAACACCCAGCUGAUUUACAAUGAAUGUGUAGGUCUCACUGCACAAAACCAUGUCAACCUUAAUCAGCGGAUCCGAACAAGCUCUACGGUUGUUAAGACCGAGAACUUAUGGAGCACUAAGCCGAAGAACAUUUGUCAACCGCAAAAGCCACAGAGGCGCCCCUGCUCGGAGCUUCUUAAGUACCUGACUGCAAAUGACGACCCUCCUCAGACCAAAUCAAUAGAGAGCAGGAGUAACAACAGGCUUGACAAAUGCAGCACCAAAAAGAAGCCCUAUCUCCAUUCCCAACCACAUUUUCAUGCCAGGACAACAACCCUGUCGCUUCCCCUGACGCCCGAGUCACCAAAUGAUCCCAAGGGUUCCCCAUUUGAGAGCAAGACUAUUGAACGAACCUUAAGUGUGGAGCUCUCUGGAACUGCAGGACUUACUCCACCAACAACCCCUCCUCACAAAGCCACCCAAGAUAAUCCAUUCAGGACUUCUCCCAAACCGAAGUCCUCCUGCAAAUCUAUGGCACCACCUGCAAAAAAAUCUCGUUACAUUGAGUCUUCCAAUAUCCAAGUUAUUAACUCUACUAAGAAAGGUCCGGAACAAUCAGAACUGUAUGCACAGCUUAGCAAAACCUCUGUAGUAAUUGGACAAGAGGAGAAAAAAGCAAAGCGACCUAGUUUACGACUAUUUGGAGACCAUGACUACUGUCAGUUUAUGAAUUCAAAAUCCGAAAUACAUAUUAGCUUAUCUCAAGAAUUACAGGCCUCAAGACAUCUUGAAUGUAAGGAUUCUUUGCCGGGGAAAAAAAUGCAGGUCUGCUCGAACUUAGAGCGAGAGCAAUGUCAGAAAGAUAAUUUUCAGGCAAACCUGUCUAGCUGUCAGAACAGUAACAGAAAACAGCUUCAGGACCAGGAAAUACGUGCCGAACUCAACAAGCACUUUGGUCAUCCAAUCCAAGCAGUCUAUGAUGAAGAAAACAAAAACAGUAAACAGAGAGACAAUAGCUACAGUGACGAGCAGUUUUCUAGACUACCUAUGUUUUUAACUGCCGGCCUGGGAAUGGAUAGUUUGUUUGAUGACAGCGAAGAUGAAAAUGAUAAACUUUGUUAUUCUUGGGAUGGUGCACAGUCCUAUUCCUUAUUUGAUGUAUCACCUUCUUGCUCGACGUUUAAUUCCCCAAGUAGAUAUUCAGUAUCACCACCAUCAUUACUUACUCAAAGAUUGUGUUCUAGAUCACGGUCUAGGUCAUUCUCCCAGCACAGAUCAUGCUCUCGUUCUCCAUAUUCACGAUCAAGAUCCAGAUCACCCUCCAGCAGAUCUUCAUCUGGGUCUUGCUGCUGCUAUGAGACAGAUUAUUGUAUUCAAAAACAUUCUCCGGUAUAUGUACGAUCACGAUCAAGGUCGCCAUAUGGUCGCAGACCCAGAUAUGACAGCUACGAGGAAUAUCAACACGAAAGGCUAAAGAGAGAGGAGUAUCGCAAGGAGUAUGAAAAACGCGAGUCAGAGCGAGCAAAACAGAGGGAGAGACAAAGACAAAAGGCAAUUGAUGAACGUCGAGUCAUCUACAUUGGUAAGAUGAGGACUAAUACAAGUCGUUCAGAAUUGCGGGCCCGUUUCGAAGUCUUUGGUGAAAUUGAAGAAUGCACAGUGAAACUGCGAGAUGAUGGAGAUUGCUACGGUUUCAUCACGUACCGCUACACCUGUGAUGCUUUUGCUGCUCUCGAAAAUGGCUACACUCUGCGCAGGUCCAAUGAACCCGAUUUUGAGCUUUGUUUUUGUGAUCGAAAGCAGUUUUGCAAGUCCAACUAUGCAGAUUUAGAUUCAAAUUCAGAUGACUUCGAUCCUGCUUCGACCAAAAGCAAGUAUGACUCCUUGGAUUUUGACAGUUUGCUUAGAGAGGCACAAAGAAGCCUGCGCAGGUAACAUGCGUAAAUGCCGAGCUUAUUGGAAAGAUGGAGAAUACCUCACGGACAUCACGUCCUUCAAUAACAGACCCUUGAAAGUCAAAUCUAGGAAUUUCUCCUACUUUACAGUCUCUGUACUACAAUGGUUUACAUGAACACAGCUGCUGAAGACUGAAGAGGCAAAUUGAUUGUCUGGCAAACAUGCAUACCCAUGUGUGUCAGAAUAAAAUACUUUUCACGGUGGCAGUUGUGGCGACCGGAUAUAGAGGACUUCUGCUUUUGCUUGAGAGGGAAAGGCAUGAGCCACCUGUCAAAGCCUUGACAUAGAAACAUCAAGAUUCUAAUAUUUAUACUUAAAAUAUUUUGAAAAGUUGGAAGCUGCUGAUGCUUAAGUGCAACAUAGUCUUCACUUUUGUUUGAUUUCAACAGAAGCAUCUUCUCGAAGAGAAAAAAAAAACAUUGCAAUAUAGACGAUGCCUUAGUGACUUAUUUAUUAUUAUUACUUUUUUUUUUUUAUGGGGUUGAAAUCAAAGAAGUAACGUCUUUUUCUAGUAAUUGCAGCUCUCUGUAAGCUCUUCUAGUCUCCUUUGAUUCUGACACCCAUGCAUUUGUCCAGGUGGACGAACUCUCGCUUCCCAGCUGUUGCCGGAAGGCAACUCCCAUCAUCGAGAUGGCUUGACCCAGGACGAUAGGAGUUACAAUCCCACCACAGCUGGAGAGCCACAGAUUUGCCAACCUCGGUCUACAAUGUUGAUCUUCCGCGUCAAUAGCCUUGUAUAUGGUCAGUUUCACAGCUUGUUCAGCGUUGUUUUUUUUUCUGAUGAGUGGAUGUGGUGUUACAUAAUAAAACAGGAGUCAAAAUUUCAGAAUAAACGUGUCCAGGUAGUUUUGUACGCUACGUUGUGACAUGCAGUAGAGUAUUUGCAGAUGUUGUCAGCUUUCCCGGCAGAGAAGACGGCAACUCAUACCAUUGCAAGGCUUCUCUGUUAGGGAGCUGGUUAAAUGGAGUAUUUUUUAUUUUGUGUACAUAAUGUAUGACAAUGUUCUUUAUUUGUUACAGCUAUGCACUGUAAAUGCAGCCUUCUUUUCAAUACUGAAUACCUUUUUCUUAAUCAAGAAUAUUUAAAUGUAAUUAUAUAGAGAGUGAAACACUUAAUGUAUAGUAAUCUAUUUAGGAAAGAAA